AUGCAAGCGGCGUUCACUAGCGGACCAUAUUUACUCGAACUACUUGAAACCGCGACGGCCGAGAACUCUUCUGCUUACUUUCCUUUGCUCGAUCGAGUUGCUACUGGGCGGUUCCUCAAAUUUACCACCGAGGCAGAGCUUUAUGAUGAAUUUAUCAGUGUUGUUCGAGAUAAUGGCCAUAUCAGCAGCCCUGAGGCGCUAUCCACAUUCAACCUUGGCCUCGCUUUGCGCUCUUCCACUCCAAGAGUCGAAGCACACUAUCAAUACUAUGACACAGCGGUCGCGUCAGCCGAGAUAGACACAUCAUGCGAGGCAUGGGUCCUCUUGAACGGAAACCAAUAUUGUACACCGCAAUUGGAUACUGCUGUGAAGACCGGGCUGUUCCACUCAAAAAUAUCCGCGUUGCCUUUCGACCGCUCCAUUGGUGCUGGCAACGAUGCAGUUCUAUAUGCGGAUCCUACAUCUCCUAACUUUGGGAGAUUCCAUAAGCCGCUCGCGGCAGCCGCCGAAGCAGGCGAACUCAAAUACCGUGUACGAUACCGUCGCUCAGCACUUGCUAGCAACAAGGCGCUGCCGGUCAGCGGCUUUGGAGUCGAACUGGCCCUCAAGAGAACGGAUUAUAUCGUCAUUGACGAUAGAGAAUCGCAAAAUGACGUCGGUGCACAAAAGAUCUUCAACACAGAAGCUAUGUUUGAAGUGCAAGAGUUGACCGAUCUUCGCCCACUUUCCACUUCAGAGCUAGCAGCCUUGGGCAUGAAAUCUUCUUCGUUUAUCCAGAGUAGCAAAAAUCCUUUUGAGACUCUUGUCAAACUCAUGCAAGACUUUCCAAAAUUCUCUGCAUCAGUCUCUGCACAUAAUGUGUCGACAAGCUUUUCGGAGGAAUACCAACGAGGUCACAUACAGCGAGUACCAAGAGGGGCUAACGCACUGUGGAUGAAUGGUUUGCAGCUGAUAGAGCGCCAAAUCGAACCGUUCGCCCUGGUUGAAAUGCUGCGUCGCGAGCGCAAGCUCAUUGAUGCCGUUCGCAAUCUCGGGUUGGACGGAGCCGAUGCCAUAUCACUGCUCGGGCAUGAGAAAGUCGCAGCAGCCAAGUCCGAUGCGGGGGACGCGAUGCGAUAUGACUGGACUGAUAGAUCGGAGGACGGCCACGCUAUCAUUUGGUUAAACAAUCUAGAGCAGGACGCUCGGUAUGCCCAAUAUCCAGGCGAAUUGAGUUCGCUGCUCCAACGCACGUUUCCUGGACAAAUCCCCCCAAUUGCCAAGAACAUAUUUAAUGUCGUUACUGCCAUCGACCUCUCAGAUGCGGAUGAUCUGACCACUUUGGCCCAACUCAUGGGGCUGAUCAUCCGUGGAAUCCCGGUUCGCUUCGGUAUCGUGCCCGUUACAACAAAUCCGGAAGCAUUAAAGCAAGCAAAGGUCAUAUAUCAUUUGAUGGAUACAUACGGCUUCGAGUCUCUCCAAGCCUAUGUUGACGGCCUCGGCGAGGAGCCGAACCCAGCAUUGGGCGAAGCCAGCUUUCUUCAAGCUAUCGAUGGCCUAACACCAGUUGCUGAUACCCACGCUCAAGAGUUUUCCAGAAUCCUGGAGACCGAAGACUUCGAUAUAAAAGUGAGAAUGGCCGCUCGGUGGAUUUCUAGACUAAAGGGCGCAGACAAAUCUGCACCAGCCUUCUUCGUCAACGGAGCUCUAACAGCUCGUGCCGCGAACUGGCUACAAAGCAUGAGCAUGCAAAUCUCAGAGGAUCUCCAAACGGUCCAGAAGGGUGUCUAUCAUGGUGUCAUUGACGAUGAUGCGUGGGUUCCCCAAAUCUUCUUGGAAGAAGCUUUGAGUCGUCGCAACGAGUACCUUUCUGUGGACGAUGCUCAUCCUCUUCGAAUUCUAGAUGUCAACAAACUAUACAGUGACCAUGAGGACUUAUUCAGCAUCAUUCCAGUACAAACAUGUGACCUGAAAUCAGGAAAGGAAUUGUGGGCUGUUGUAACAGUCAUCGCUGAUGCAACCACUCCGCAUGGCGUGGAGCUUAUUAUGUCCGCCCUCAAGUUCAAGCAGAGCAGCCCAGGAGUGCAACUUGACCUCAUCCAUAACCCCAUCCAUACAGAGCGGGCUUCGGAUAUCAACGGAGCUUUGAAAGCCGAGUCUGGUCUGUUCGAUUUCAAAACGAUCGAUGAAGUUCGGAAAACUGUGCGACAGGCGAAGUCGGGCACCUCAACUGGUGCCUAUGCAAUUGCCCUGAAGCGAUUUCUCUCAUAUACGAACACACAGCCAGGCAGCAGCAGUGUACUCCUAAAUGGACGCAUUAUUGGCCCGAUUGCUUCCGAAGCUAGCUUCACAGAGGACGACUUUACACAGCUUCUAGGAGUUGAACAGAAAGGCCGAAUUCUUCCUGUGCUUGAAGCUCUCGACGAUCUUCAUCUGGGCGACAAAGUUUCUGGUCCUAUUUCAGCCGCCAAAUUGACGUCUAUUACGGCCUUAUCAACCAUCUCUGACCUACCAGAAGGCAUUUUUGAGUCAUCAUCUUCUGCUCGAUCAAUGAUCUAUGAAAAAUGGGAUGCGAAGCACACAACAAUCGAAGUUGGCGAUUCGAAAAGCGCCAGCAUCCAUCUCGUUGCCUUGCUCAAUCCACUAAGUGAGCAAGCUCAGCGAUGGGCACCUCUCCUAAAAGUUUUGUCUGAGCUUGACGGCGUGUAUCUAAAAUUGUUCCUAAAUCCCAAGGAAAAGCUUGAAGAGCUGCCCAUCAAGCGCUUCUUCCGUUACGUUCUAGAAUCCAAGCCCUCAUUUGACGAAGAUGGCGCCGUUAAAGGUGGGCAGGCUAUUUUCGAUGGACUCCCCACGGAAGCUCUCCUUACACUUGGAAUGGAUGUGCCCCCUGCUUGGCUGGUUGCAGCUAAAGAGUCGCUGCAUGACCUGGACAAUAUCAAGCUUUCUUCCACGAAAUCCGACGUCGACGCAACUUAUGAGUUAGAACAUAUUCUCAUCCAGGGUCACUCUAGAGAAGGGAAAUCCAGCCCCCCUCGUGGUGCUCAGCUUGUCCUGGGAACAGAGAAGGACACACACCUGACUGAUACAAUUGUCAUGGCGAACCUUGGAUUCUUUCAAUUCCAAGCCAACCCUGGCAUCUUUGAUAUCCAUUUGAAAGAGGGUCGUAGUGCCGACAUUUUCGAGAUCGAGAGUGUAGGUGCACAGGGUUGGACGGCUGUCCCAGGCGAUGAGGGCACGUCUCUGGCUUUACUUGAUUUCCAAGGAACAACCCUUUAUCCCCGACUUUCCCGUAAGCCCGGCAUGGAAGAGGUUGAUGUUCUAGAGGGAGACGAGGCCGCACCUGAUAGCAUUGUCUCGAAAGGCUUCAAGCUGGCAGAGGGUUUCUUGGGCAAUGCCCUCGGCAAAAAGUCUGCUUCUGAUUUGGAGCACGCUGAAAUCAACAUUUUCUCCGUUGCCAGUGGCCACUUGUACGAGCGAAUGCUCAACAUUAUGAUGGUGUCUGUCAUGCGCCACACUAAGCAUACUGUCAAAUUCUGGUUCAUUGAGCAGUUUUUGUCGCCAUCAUUCAAAGAGUUCAUUCCUCAUCUCGCCAAGGAGUAUGGCUUCAAGUAUGAAAUGGUGACAUACAAAUGGCCACACUGGCUCCGACACCAGAAAGAGAAACAGAGAGAAAUCUGGGGCUAUAAGAUUCUGUUUCUGGACGUUCUUUUUCCCCUCUCUGUUGACAAAGUUAUUUUCGUGGAUGCAGAUCAAAUUGUCAGGACAGAUAUGAUAGACUUGGUCAAACUCGAUCUUGAGGGAGCUCCGUACGGAUUCACCCCCAUGUGUGACUCUCGAACUGAGAUGGAAGGAUUUCGCUUCUGGAAGCAGGGCUACUGGGCAAAUUACCUCCGUGGACGGCCUUACCAUAUUUCUGCCUUGUACGUGGUUGACUUGCGCCGCUUCCGCGAGAUUGCAGCCGGAGAUCGCCUUCGACAGCAAUAUCAGGCCCUCUCCGCAGACCCCAAUAGUCUUGCAAACCUGGAUCAAGAUUUGCCCAACCAUAUGCAGUUCCAGCUCCCCAUUUACAGCCUGCCUCAGGAAUGGUUGUGGUGCGAGACGUGGUGCAGUGACGAGAGCCAGAGCAAGGCGCGCACCAUUGAUCUCUGCAACAAUCCCGAGACAAAAGAACCCAAGCUCGAUCGUGCCCGCCGCCAAGUUCCCGAAUGGACCGAAUAUGACGACGAGAUUGCAGCACUGGCCGAGCGCGUGAGGGCCGCAGAGAGCUCUGGCAAUAGCGAACAGCAAGCAGAGCCAGAGAGGAACACCAAGAGCCGGAACUUUGAGGAGUCUGUCCGCACCAAGGACGAGCUGUAA